AUGCUGCGACCCGCCAACCCCUCCGCUCGCUGGUCGCUGCGGCCCUUCCCGCGCCAAUCGCCUGCGUCGGCCGGUGGCCUCGUUUGGUCGCCGGAGUCCGAGCCGCCCCUAGUGCCGUGCGUGCCCAGGUCCGGCCUUCAUGGGCGCCCGCGCCCAGCCCGAUCCCACUCUCCACUCCCCCCACUCCCCCACGAUCCCCUUCUCCUUCCCCAUCGGUCUGGAUCGGGAUCGGCCCGAUCCCAUUGCCCCCGAUACCCGGCGUCCGCCCAUCGCCGUCCACUGCCGCCUGGAGCUCCGCGAGCCUCACCGGAGCCACCCCGUCGCCCUCCUGCCGUCACCAUCGCCUGGAGGACCACCUCGCCACGACGCCGCCGCCUCCACCUUGUCGUCUACCCCGUCGGCCUGCCUCCCGCUCCGCCUCACUGGACGUCCCCGAGCCCACUGCCAGUGCCCUCCACCACCCGACUCCUGGCUGGGCACUUAGUCAGGCCGGCCGUGUGGGUCAAGCGUGACAUGGCGGCUCAGAGGCGAUGGCGCAAGCCAGCUGCAGCAAAGGUCCGGCUCAAGGCACAACGACUUGGAGGUGAGUCCGUUCUGACGAGGGUGCUCCGGCGGGUCGUUGAAGUACGGUCGUGGGGCACAACUGUUGACCGUAGUAGCAGAGGUGUGGCCGUCUUACAGCCACAGCAGGGAAAACGGCGGCUUGAACACAGGUUUGUAUAUAUGCCCGCAGUGGUAGUCUAUUGAUCCAGAACCGUAGAAGCAACUCGAGGCGAGGCGGUCUGGUGCGGCUAUGGCGACGAAAUCAGUGGCGUCUCUGGAGGCGCAACGUGCUAGUAGCUCCAGAAGGCACAGCGCGCGACAGCAGCAGCUCCAGAAAACGAGGCUUUGUCGGCAGCGGCCGCGGCCAGCUUGCAACAGAGGCUUGGGGCGACUCGGAGUGAAGACGACCGGCGAGGGCGGGCUGCAGCAGAACGGCACAGCGACGGCCGUGGUCCGGCCGGCUCGGUGCUGCAGAACGCGGGCGGCUCGGAUGCGGCUUGGCGGCUCUGCGGAGGCGACUUGAAACGUUGAUGCAGCUCAUGAGGCGGCCAGCAGCUUGAGGUUUCGGCCGUGAUUGGAGCAGCGGCUUGGACGGGGGUAGAGGCAGGCCAUUGCCGGAAUCAGCUUGAAGGCGACUCAACGAUUUGGAGGCCGACGCAGUCGGAGGAGGGUGUCGAGGCGCCGGCGACUCGAAGACAGGCAAAUGCCGCGGCGGUUCAGCGGGCGAGGAGGUGGCAGCAGGCCGGUUCUGGCACCAGCGGCGACUCAGCUGUAGCGGCUGAAGCCAGCCGCAAAGGCGGACAACCAGCAGAGCAACGACGGCUCGAUAGCGGAAUCGUCUUCCGAAUAGUUGGUUGUUUCCCAAUUUUUUAAAUAUAUUUUUUAAGCUCCACGUACUUGUCUUUGCGUGGCUUUGUAGUAGCACUAUCCUUCAGAGUAGUAGUACGCCUUUGGAUUGAUAGGAAGCAGCAGGAGCUGGGGAAUCCAUCAGACUUUGUUUUUUGCAUUGAUCAACACUUGAAUCCUUGAUCCAUAUGGCCAAAACUUCACAACAGUUUUAAUCACAGAAAAAUAGGACCGGUGGCCGCUCAUCGAUUCCAUAUUCACACCAUGUGCUUUCAAGGUAAAAACUCCGCCGGGCUGAAGCCGCAGUAGAGACCCAUGGCAGCAGCGGUGAGUGAGGCCGCGGCGACGCCUAGAACGGGGCAGAAGAAAUGACCCAAGAAAGAGAGCCGGUUUGCAAACAGCAGUGGAAAAAACGAUCGACGGCUCGCCGGCGGCAGCUUAACGUGGCCAUAAUGGCGACUUGCAGAUGCUCAGAAGCGUUUUGGCGACUCGGAUGUUGCAACAAGGGUACUCCGACGGGUCGACGUGAUGCGUCCGCGACAGCAACGGGUUGAAGAGGCGCGGCCGUGGCCGGUUCAGCGCGGCCGACGUGGAGGAGGGCUGCGGCGAGGUUAGUCCACGGCGGCCCGGCUGUUGGCGGUUUGGCCAUAGCGGCAGAAGAGGCGAGGCGCGACCGACAAAGAAGGCAGUAGAAGCGGAGCGAAGCGGCGACUGCUGUAGACCCGCGGUCGUAGAGCAAGGCCAGCGGAGGCGGUUUGCGGUAGAGGCCGGCCGGCCAGGCGCGUCCGGUCCGGGGUGCAGCCAUGGCCACGGUAUCGGCAGAGGGCGGCUCGAAAGCGGCUCGAGGUGCAGCGAUUGCCGCAGUGGCGGUGGAGGGAGUCCACGCCCUCGACCCCAUCCAAUCCGGGUCGUGGUUGCUUUGAUUUUUUUUUCGAUUGACGAAUCGUUCGCCCAGGACUUUCCUUUCUUGAA